UUGUGGUAUGGCUUGUGGCAGCUAUACACGUCUAUCUACUACCGGCAUUAGUUUAUUGACUCAAUUAUACACAGUCUUAGGUAGUCAACUACAUUAACUUGAAUUAUUUGCUGAAACAUUUACUAUUAAUAUUAUUACGAAAAAUCCGACUGGGGAGUUAUAUUUCACCAUGGCGGAAUCUACCUCGCAGUCGACGUCCACACCGAUAGUAACAACAGACAAAUGCAUCAUACGUGCAUAUUUGCCAAGUGACGCCGAGGGCAUGGUGGAGGCCGCCAACUUCCCAGAGCUUGUCCAAUACAUGCGCAAUACCUUUCCUCACCCUUACACACUGGACUGCGCCAACCACUGGAUCAACUCUUCCACAAACAGCAACCCCAUGGUAAACUUCGGUAUCUUCACGCCCGAAGGCACCUUCGCCGGCGGCAUCGGGCUUACCCCCCAUCAGGACAUCGAGUAUCGUACGUGGGAAAUUGGCUACUGGGUCGGGAAGAAGUUCUGGGGGAAGGGUAUUGCAACGAGUGCACUCAGGGGGUUUUCGGUCUGGGCUUUCGAGCAAUUCCCGGAGCUGAUAAGGAUCGAGGCUGGUGUGUUCAUUGAGAAUAUCGCGAGCCAGAAAGUUUUAGAGAGGGUUGGUUAUACUAAAGAAGGAAUAAGAAGGCAGGCCGUCUGCAAGAAGGAAAAGAUCAUGGACCAAGUAACCUAUAGUUUAGUCCGAGACGACCUGAGGGAUUUAUCAUGAGCCUAUGUAAGAUGCAGUUGCUAUAUAUUUCGAGGGGGUACUGGAUAGAUUCAGAUUGAAAUUUUCAAAUCAUAAUUCAUACUUAUCA